CAUCUUGACAUGUUUGCCACCUUAAUCCGAUUCUAUAUAGUUGGCAAACAAUAUGGCAUUAUCAUUUCUUUUUACUAUAUCUAGCAAUUUUCCCCGAACUGUUUGAAAAGGACAAACAAUUUGACAUGUAAAAAAAUCCCACCUUAGCAAUUUCCCCCUGGGCUCGCCUGUGUCUCCUCCCCUGAUCCCCGAAACCCCCGUUGGACCUCCUCUUAUCACCACCACCUUCUCUGUCUCAACCUUUCUCGCAUAGCCACAUUCCCUCUCUCUCUCUCUCUCUCUCUCUCUCUGCAUGUUCACAGCUCUCACCCUCCCUCCCUCCCGCCUCCACCAUGGGUUGUGGCGUAUCCAGGUUCAAUAGAGAAGACGCCGCCUCCGGGCCGACCUAUCUCUACAUCAACCCCCUCCACCGCCGCAUCGAGGACUUCGCCUUCCGCCGCCGGGGCGACCGGGCCUCGGCGACCGCCGGCGCCUCCCUUGGUGACGGCGGCACCGCCUCCAGCAAGCAGCUCCUCUACGUCGACCCCGAUGAUGCCGACGCCGACUCCUCCUCUCUCGGCAGUAACCACAAAUUGGAUGGCGGCGGCGGCCGCAAGAGCGUCUCGUCCCCUUGUCCCCUCCAGAACGACGCCGCCGCCCCCGCCCUCCUCCCGCCGCCGACGCGCAUGAAUGAACCGCCGGUGCAGGUGAUGGAGGCGAAGGAAUGCAGCAGCGAAGACGGCAGCGAAGAGGUGAUCAAGGUGGUGAGAGAGGUAGGGGAAGGUGGCAAGGGCCAGGGCGGCGGCGAGGGGGCGGUGGAGGAGGUGGUGAAGGAAGUGGUGAUGGCUGAGAAGGAGAGAGGGAGCGGAGUCGACCGUAAAGGGGAAGACAAAGACGAAGACGAGGAGGAUGCCGGAGGAAUAUCCGACAGGGAAGACAGCAUACUGCUGUACCCAGGGUCGCCGAGCUUUAGGGAGUAUUGUGUCCUGUGCUUCGACGAGUCGGGGGACGCUGAGGACGAUAGCACCACCAAGGACGCCGACGGGAAAAGUGAUACGGCAAAGGCGGAUAAUGAAACGGAAAAGGCAAACAUGUCGACUUCGGAUUCUGUUGAGGUACCAAAAAAGUCGAGGAGAAGAAGACGAUUCAGGGUACCCAGGCAGUGCGCGGCGGGGGGGAUGAGAAGCCUACUGCACGUCUCUUCUUGUAGCCCCCGUAGAUCGUUUAGCAAAACCGCGUGAUUUUCCGCGGGGAAAAAAACUGCAAAAAAGGGGAAAAACUAGGGGGGAGAAAUCGAAGAUCACCCGUUAUCAAGGGGCGGGCUUGCAAUAUCUACUCGAGGGCUCCUUCUUCUUCUUCUUCUUCUUUUGCCUCGGUUUAUUUCAAACUUUGUUUAUUUGGGCUUUUAACACAUCUCGAGUUGGCGACGUGGGCUUGAUUCGGUCAUCUUUAUUUAUGCAUGCAUUGCGAGCCCAAUAAGUUUUCUUUUUUCAAUUUUAUCCCCUUUUUU